GUAGUGCAUAGCUCCAUGCAUGCAUGCACCACCAAAAUACCAGUCCAGAGUAUAGUAGCAGACGACGAUCAACUACCAUUUGCGAGGAAAUCUUUGCCGAAACGGAGGGCAUCAUGAAACUUCUCCUGGGAUUCUUAGCAGCUCUCGUUGCUGUCGUGCAAUGUUUGCCUCGGGAACAAUUCUUUCCUUUUGGAGAUGGAACCGCCAACAAGAAGCUGAGUAGGAGAAGCAAGAAGACUCUUUCCAUUACGUUCAGAGAUCAUUUUACAUUUUUAGGAGAGGAGCAAUCUGUACUUCAUAUCUUACGUGAUGGAUAUGUUAGCUUUUUUGAAGGCAGUGAGGUUGCACCUUUCCAUACAAAGCUCAAGUUAAUAAGAGGUAAAAGCUCUGUCUGGUAUAGGAACACAGUAUCACCCAAAGAAGAAGAGGAGAUAAAACGUCUUAUCAAGGGAAACUUUAGAAGUCGAGGAUCUUUUGAUGUCAACAACUUCAGUCCUUCCUCAUUUGUCAUUGUCACAUGGGAGAAUAUGGCAAUCAGAAACAGAGACAGCAAUCAUGAAGUAAUUGGGACCGUAACAUUCCAGCUCAUCUUGGUAGCAGAUUCGAUCCAUUCUUUUGCCUUCUUCCUGUACGAUGAUGACAAUGAAUACCCUCGUCCUGAUCUUAUCAGUAGCCCAAUAGAUGCAGGGUUUACCUCUGGCAAGGCCCAUAAUCAGUGGGAGUUUGAGAUGGUCUAUACAACAGAAGAAAACAAGGCUGCUACUCUCUUUGAAGCCAUGAGGGAUUCCAAUGUUGGAUUGAAUGGUGUCUGGGCAUAUAAGAUUGAUGGACGUAUGGAUGGUAACAUCAUCCCUGCUGUGGCCUAUGUCCCUUUGGAAGAACUUCCUCAGAAUGAUCAGCCUCCUCCAGAAACAGUCGAUGUCCAACUAGACAAUGCACUUGAUGUUGUUUUGAACUUUGAGAACCAGUGUAGAGAAGGAAGCUGUAGUCAAAAUGGCCGAUGUGUUCCUUACCCCACUGGAUACUGCUGUGCAUGUAAUGAAGGCUUCAUUGGUAAUGGUAUCCAUUGUUUAUCUAAUGAUAACAAUGGACGUAUGAACGGGAACGUUAACGGAACCGUCAAUGGAGUAACCAUACCUGAUGAUGUCUACAUACAUACCUUCAUCAUGGGAGGAGGUGGACGUACCUUUACAGCAAUCAGUCCUGUACCAUCAUCACUGUCUUAUACCCUACAGCUUCUAUUACCUAUUGGUGAGCUUAUGGGAUGGAUGUUUGCUGAACCAGCUACAAAGGGAAUCAAUGGAUUCAUGCAGACAGGCGGAGUCCUUCUCUACUCUGCCAACAUACGAUUUGAUGGUGGUGAAGAGGUUAGCAUCACACAGAGGUAUACUGGUGUAGAUGACAGUGAGGCGGAAGGGGUCAUAUCUGGUUAUGUUAAUAUCAAUGGUGAUGUACCCUACCUUCCACCUGGUACAUCUGUCAAUGUAAUCCCUCACUCAGAGGUUUAUACCAAGUAUCGACCAGGAUAUGUUCAUUCUUCUGAGGAGCGUGAGCUUCUUGUCAAUGCUAAUACUGCUGAUGAGCGGACCAUUAGUUUUACCAUCGAACAGACCAUCACCUACGAGGAAUGUGAAGCUGAUGAUAUCGACACUGAUGCCUCACUUACUGCUAUGAGAAUGAAUACCACCUAUGCUUAUUCCAUAUUUGAGCCCCAGGGAGAAAUCCUCCGCUAUGCCAUGGUCACCAGUGUAGGACCUGAUAUUGGUGUACCUACCGAUGCUUGUGAGAAUAAUAAUUGUGGUGAAAAUGCAGAAUGUUUUGUUCAAGGUGAUUCCUUCACCUGCCAGUGUAGAUCAGGAUUCACUGGUAAUGGAUACACAUGCGUAGAAGAGGAUCCUUGUGCGAACAAUCAAUGUGAUCGUAAUGCUGACUGCUCUCCUGCAGCGGGUGGAUAUUCUUGCUUCUGUAGAUCUGGUUAUGAAGGAAAUGGAUAUAACUGUCAGCCAGAAGGUUCAACCGGUAAUCCAUGUGAUAAUAAUGAUUGUGAUAGUAAUGCUGAUUGCUACCCUGCUGGUGACACCUUCACAUGUCAGUGUGCACCAGGAUUUAAUGGAGAUGGACGUGUCUGUGUUCCAGAUGAAGGAAGUGAUCCUUGUGAUACCAAUGACUGUUCUCUUUAUGCCUACUGCUACCCUGAUGGUGAGGGUUUCUAUUGUCAGUGUGCUCCAGGAUUCAUAGGAGAUGGCAGGAACUGUGAAAGAGAACAAAGCGGUAAUCCAUGUGACAAUAACAACUGUAGCCCUUAUGCUUAUUGCCGCCCUCGAGGAGAUACAGCCUUCUACUGUGAAUGUGCUCCAGGUUAUACGGGAGAUGGAUAUAACUGCCAAGAAGAGAAUCCUUGUGUGAACAAUCGAUGUCAUCCCAAUGCUGACUGCUUUCCUGCACCGGGAGGAUAUUCAUGCUCUUGUCAAUCUGGUUAUGAGGGAGAUGGAUAUAUCUGUGAGCUAGCAGACCAGCUGGUGAAUGUAUGUGAAGAUUGUAGCACUGAUGCUAGUUGUUAUCCUGAGGGACGGGGCUAUAGAUGUAUCUGUAAUGGAGGAUACAAUGGUGAUGGCAUCACUUGUACUGAUGUCAAUGAGUGUUUGGAAGGAGCUGAGAUUGCCUGUGAUGAAAAUGCUCAGUGUCAGAACACACGAGGUUCCUACAGGUGUCGCUGUAAUCCUGGCUAUCAAGGAGAUGGAUACACAUGUCAAGCUCUUCCUGAAGUGGAAGGGUCACUAGUUUUUGGAUAUGGUAUGUCUGUGAUGAACCUUCCUCUUGAUGGUAGUCAAGGAAGCAAGGUGUAUAUGAAGAGCCGUCAAACAGUGGUUGGAAUAGGUUAUGAUUGCAUUGAUGAACAUGUAUAUUGGACUGAUGUCAGUGGUAGGACUAUCAUGAGGGCAUCCAUUGAUGGCAGGGAUGUCAGUGUCAUUAUCAAUUCAAGUCUGAGCAGCCCAGAAGGUGUAGCUAUUGAUCAUCUUAGUCGUAACAUGUACUGGACUGACUCAGGAUUUGAUCGCAUUGAGGUCUCUAAUCUUGAUGGACGCAAUAGGCAUGUGCUAUUUGAUACAGAUCUUGUCAAUCCAAGAUCUAUUGUUGUGGAUCCAGUCGGAGGAUACUUGUAUUGGGCUGACUGGGAUCGUAGCUACCCACGUAUUGAAGUGUCUAGUACAGAUGGAAGCAACCGAGAGGUGUUUUUGGAUACAGAUAUUGUCAUGCCAAAUGGUCUCACUAUUGAUCUGAUCUCAAACAGGCUUUGUUGGGCAGAUGCUGGUGAACAAGCGGUUUCUUGCAUGAAUCGUAAUAAAGAUCCAGAUUCACGUUACCAGGCUUCCACUGCCGAAUAUCCUUUUGCUCUUACUUUAUUGGGUUAUGAUCUGUAUUGGACAGAUUGGCUGAACAACAACAUCCAGUCUGUGAACAUAAAUGGAGGUGUUAGCCAAUCUCAUGCUCUACCCAGAGGUGGUAAUGGAAAGCCUUAUGGUAUUGCUGCUAUUACACAGUGCCCUGCUGGUAACAACCGAUGUAACUAUCAGAAUGGUGGAUGCAGAAACCUAUGUCUUCCAGCUCCUGAUUCCAGGGCUACGUGUGUUUGUCCUAAUGCCCUCGCACCAAAUGACAUCCCUUGCAACUAAAUAUCUCAAUGUAGAUUGUUACAUGGAUGUUCCAGUUAGCUAGCUGUCAUUUGAUAUUCAUUCGCUAUUGAAGUCAAGAGAUUCUCCAACAUUGUGGAAAUACACUUUCAACUUAUGGUGCCUAGAAAUGGUUUCUCUUUAACAAAGAGAAAUGCACUUCUGUUAAUUUGUAUAAUAGCUGUGUAGAUUGUUAGUUGUUGUUGUGUAUCUUGAAUGUAUAUUGGCUAUUUUUUCAUUCAUUUAAUCCUCAUAUAUAUGUCCACUGUGUAUAAUUCAGUCUUCUAUAUGAUUGGUGCCUUCCUUCAGUUAUUGUGUAAACUAGCCUACCUGCACUUGAAAUGCUGCUGGUGAAGCACUGGAGAAGCUUUUCAUUUUCCUGUUUAAAUAUAUUGCAAUGAAGUAAUAUACUGGUUGAUAACAAGUACAGUGUUAAGUGAUGGUGUUUAUUUUGAGAGCAUAAGACUUGGGUUUAGAAAAUGAUAGUACUUUCACUUGCUGCCAUUUAAUCCCUACAGCCUUACUUCAUGUAACACAAUCACCAGUAUUCAACACUGUUAGACCACCCCAGUAAUUGAUCUUAGAAGCUUACCUCAUUUGAAAGACAUUUUCCAAAGCAGUACUUGACAGUUACUAUGCAACUUUUUUUUAAGAUGCGACAAUGAUCUGAUUGUUGAUUUUAUGCAGUAUUUUAUUAAAAAAUUGAUACCCAUUUUUAACCUUAUGGACAUGGAAGUUUUGUUUUAUCUGUGCUACAUAAUGUGAGCUGUGUACUUAUAUUUUUAUCAUUCAUUUUGAUUUUAGUCCUUUUUAUUGUAAUGGUGAUUGAAAUAUUAAAAAACAGUGAGAAUCAACAAAUUAUUAUCUUGUAUAUGAUUAUUUUAUUAAAAGGAAUAAUGUUGGGUAGAUAAUGACAAUAAAUGCUUUGAAAUACGUAUCACCUUUUCACUUUCUUAGAAUUAUUUGUCAAUCAGCCUUUCAAUCAUGAUAUUACCAUAUAAAUAAAACAGUUUUUAAAAUCUGUAUGCAAAGUUGUGUAUCUUUAAAUCAUGUGUAGCAAGUGAAAUUCUUUCGAUAAAAGUCUGAGGACUGUUAUAAUCUUCUUCUAGAAAUUGUCUUUGGUAAAUGGGAUUUGCUAUUCUUAAAUUUCAUGCAACAGACUGAUAAUGACCUAAUUGUAACAGCAUUGAAAUAUCUUUCAAAUCCCGGUCUUUCUUCUGUGUAGUGUAAUUGUAAGUCUUUCACAUUUUUAAUAAGGUCUCUAUUUAUAGCCACAAAUUUAGAUAAUGUUUAUUGAUUUUUAAGUGGGGUUGAUUCAUAUAUGUAUAAUACACUCUGUUUCAAAUAUAAACAAUGCAUUUAUUAUAUUCAUUUAGUUGUUUACUUUGAUGGUAUUCACCCUGUAUUUGCAGUUACUUACUUUACAUUGUUUUUUUUCUCAGUUUUUUAUAAAAAUCACUGGUGUAAAUUCAAGCAACAAACCUAUAGGGGGAUGAACUAUUGUGUCAUACCCCCAUUAAAAGAAUAUGACAUCAUGUAUUUACACCCAUGAUAUCAAUAUUUCACAAUUUGCCAUGUUUCUAAAGAUUUGACUGCUCUUAAAUGGCAUAGUCAAAAACUUUGAUGUAACAUGAAUAGUUGGUUCAGGCUAAAGAACAAUGUAGUAAAACAAUUUUGAACUCUUUCUAUCAGUUAUAUCAAAUAAGGAUUUGUAAUCCUGAAAUCAUUAUUGAUGCUUCACUUGUUCUUUCCAAUAGUUAUUUGUGACCAACACACACAAUGCCAAAAAGUAUUAACACAUUGUGCAGACUACAUUUGUAUCUUAGAUUAUGUGAACAAUUUCAUAAGAACUUUCUCAAUAAAAAUGAACACAUCCAUUUAGGUGCUAUUUGAAA